GUCAAAGCCGGCAGUGAAUCUCCGCGGGCCGCAGAGCGCGGACGAGGCCUCGCGAACACGAUAUCAUAGCGCAAAAACGUCUCCGUUACCUUCCUUUUCGCCCUUUUUCCCUAUUCAGCUCGCGUGACUAUCGAUUCGUCACCUGUCUCGCGAAACGGUUCGCCAGUGAAACGCUUUCAAUUCGCCACACACCGCGCGGGAUCGUCUCAACUUGCAGGCUUUCGAAUAUUUUUGAACGCUUCUAUUAGAUCUCGUUCCUAUGUGCUGCUAUAAGAUCAAAUUACGGACGUGUUGGUUUCCAAGUUGAAAUUUUGUUGAAGUGGUACUCGUGUGCUUUUUGUUGUCUGGGUUUUGCCAAGGUUGACGAUGAGUUUCUAAUCAGACCGAAGAUGGUAGCGCCAAUUAAGAAAUCGAGGUCACCGGUUUGCAGCUUGACGCGAAUCAGGUCGGAGAUGCGUCGCGAGUGAAACCGCUCGAACGAGCACGCGAACGGUAGAAAUCACUAGUCGCAGCAAGAGAAGAGAGAAAAGCUCAUGGAAACGACAAACAACUCCAAACGAGUUCCCUGGAACUUUUCGCGCUGUGAAUAGGCGAACUCAUUUGAACAGGAACGCUGUAACGCCAAAGUUAUUUAUAUACAGAUUCGAAUCUAUAUAUUUCUAGAACCUUUACCCGUAUUUACUCUACGAGAAAUAUUUUUGCGCGAAGUGACAAAUCCAAUUAAAGAUCUAUAUUCGACUGUAGAAAGAUAAGUUUUUAUUUUCACGACAAAUUGUACGCGUGGCAAACGAGAAAUUGAAACUCCGUAUUCAACAAUGCGACACGGAGAACAAAAAUCACGACCGACUUCUAGAUUCCACUAAAAACAAAAUUAUAUUUUCACAACAAACUGUUCACGUACAGUGGCGAAUCAAGACUUUAUACUUAACGAUACGACACAGAGAACAAAAAUCGCGCUACACUUUGUUGAAUUUUCAUCCGCGACGAUUUUUGGCGAUCGCAAAGUUCCAAGUGGUUCGAUCGAUCUUCGAGUGGGUCGGUGAAAACAGACACGAUCAUUGCCGGCGGACAAGCGUGAUCGUAGUGGGAAUGAAUGAACGUGACGGAGGUUCGAGUAAUCGAGCACGUGUUUUAUGAAUCAUUGUGGACUAGCGAGACACUGCGCGCGUGCCAAACGCUCCGAGUGAUCGACCGUAAUGAUGCUGUGCAAAGGCGAGAGAACUAUGGAUAGUAGAAUCUCUGUUGGAUUCCACGACUAUUUUAAGAACAUCAGCGAUCAUAGUUUGUGAGUGAAAACUGAAAACCCACGUGCCGAUAGUUGAUACAUUAACGAAAGAAACGUGCCUCGAAGCUGUUGUGCGUCGUGUGUUGUGGAUUUUCUAUUUUUCUCGCGACGAAGAAGUGCGCUCGCGGGACAGAAUAGAUCGGAAAUCGUGUCAGGGAGAAAGGAAACAUGGAGGGAAGACCGAAAAUCGAGAUCGUCCAAAUGCCAUCGAACGAGCGUCACUUCCGGUCUCCGGACGGCGUCCGUGGCACCUACAGUCAUGUACGCGUGGGCGCGUACUGCCCGGAACCGGAAAUCAAAGUGGUGGUUUGCGACAGCAAGCCGCCUAUCGAACAGUCGCGAAAAUGUAAAAGAAACUUGGGACCAGUUUCGAAACUACUGAGGCGGCGCCAUCACGCAACAUAUCUCGCAACGAAAUCCUGUGAUAACAUUUAUAAUGUAAAUAGAAGUAGCAGCUCCCUGGACUGGAGGGUUAGUCAAACUGUAAGCGAUCAUGGCUUUCAGUCACGACAAAGCAGCAGCCUGGACUGGCGAGUGGGACGGACCAUCAACAAGCUCCAUUGGAGAGACACGACCCGCAGCGCAGAGCAGCUUUCGCGAAGCGGACCGAUCGGCUCGGAUCACCUCCAGACACCCAGCACAAAAUCGAAGCUAAUUUCGCUGCUACGUAGACUUUCUCCUCGGCUAUCGCGACCUGGCAGCAAGAAUGCCCUGCAAGCAUCGCCGACGAUCUGUCCGUGGGUGCAGGUCGAGUACUCCGCGGAAUCGAUUAACGAAGGUAUACGCGAGGAUUCCCAGGAAAGUGACGCGAGCUUCCAGAGGGAAUUGCAGCUGAACGAACUGAGAAAACGCAUGGCUGGAAUUCCGACCACGUCUCAGGUUACCGUGAAAGUCGGUAGGGAUGGCAAGGAACAGCAAUACUCCUCGCAGCCUAGGAUACAAGUGCAACAACCCGAAAUCGACUGUAAUAACGCCUGCAAAUCUGUGCACGAGGACCGCGGGGAGGAGGAUCGUCGACGCGCCAGCGGGCAAACACGCGGGGGCGGCGAGGUAGCGGGCCUAGAAGACGUCGGCGACUCCUGCGCCGCGACGCUGACGCCGUCGGUCCCAGGCGCCGGCGGCAUCAGGUCGAAUCGCCGCGCGAGGCCGCUUUCCCUCGCGGUGCAACCACUUAAUUACCGUCGCCUCGAUCCGGAUCCGAAAAUCGCAACCGACAUCGUCACCAGCCACCAUCCUAACAUGACUAGCCAGGAGAGCAUCGGCAGCUGCAGUCUGGACGUCGAUCAAUCUGCGUCCGACCGAUCAGAAAACACCGUAGACUCUAUAUCGAAGAAGACCCUGCACAGCUUGAAUCUAUCGUGCAACGGUGACUCGGUGUCGUCCCCCGAAAAACUCGCAAACGGUAACAGCGAUACGCUGCAGAAGUCCCACCUGACGCCAGAUGAGAAGUUGAACGUCAGCAAUGGUCAUCGCAGCAGUCCCGAGCCAGAUCAGCUGACAGUGAAGAAACCGAGUUACUUGGGCCUGGCCUGUAGCAUCAGCGGCUAUUCAGGGAUCAAUAGGUACGACAGCAAGCUGAGAGAAGGGUUUCGAUCGAGGAACAGCACCAGUCCUGGAACGAGACUGAUUUCGAGAGACCCCAGUCCGGCUGGUUUCAGAUCGAACGAAAAUCUCAACGUGCCGGUGCAUCCCUAUCCACCCAAGAGUCAGUCGAUCUCGCCGUUAGCGAUGGAUAGACAAAACGGUUUCUCGAACGGUUUGAAGGAGGAGUGCAAAGUGGAGGCCUAUAGGGAGUCUAGGAGCUCGAUGAGCAUAUGUCAGGGUUACUCGGUGGUCGACAAAGGCGUCAUGCAUACACAGUUCCCGGAUGUCAGCCCGAUUCGACCCACCACCCCUUCGAAACGCAGUCCAGGGAUGUCGCAAAUGAUGUCCUGUAGUCAACGAAAUAAGUCGUUCUCGUCCCAUUUCACAGGGUCGUCUCCAAAGCAAGCUACCGCCAAUCUUUCGAAUGCUUCGUUCAGCGAAACGAGUAUAUUAAACGGUUCGACGGUAGAAUCGGAUAGUCAGGUCCUGAACAAUUCGUCGAGUAGCGAGAAAUCCUUCAUUCAGCAACGCGUAGAACGGCUGUACGGCCCCGGUGCACCCGCCCAGUUCUUCUUCAAACGCACCACCAGACUGAACUCCAGCAACAGCAGCUUCAACAAGUCCAGCAACAACAACGACGUCUCGACGGACAACGCGAACACGGAGGAGUCCCUGAAGAAUCUGCCGGUACUGAGACACUUGAGACCAGAGUUUCGAGCCCAGCUUCCGGUGGUGAGCCCUAGGAGACCCACCGACGGCUCGGAGCAAAUCCUGAAGCCCUUGCAGAGGGUAACGCCAGUCUCGCGGAAGGCUGAGCAGAAACCAAAAAUACUGACGCCUUCGAACUUGGACAGAGGCAUCGGGGAGAACAAAACGCAGAAGUUGAACUCCAGCACGGCCAGCAUUCCAGAUCAGCAGCCAGCUGCGCCGAAGGUUGUCCUACCUGUCCUGGAACCGAGCGCCAGUUCGACGAACGUGGCCAAGCAGGCUCAGAAAGCCGAGAAAGCUGAGGAGAAGGAUGGCCAUUAUUACUUGAAACUGCUGAAACAGGAAACAGACAGGCUUCUCUUGUUAGCCGCGUCAGCGGAAGCGGAGUUGACCAACAGCGAUACUGUUGCACUUCCGGAAGAGGCAGCCGGAAAACUGCGCUCAGCUGCUGGCAAGGCAAGGUUACUGGCUUCGCAGAAGAUGCUACAAUUCGAGGGACUCUGUCAGAAAAAUAUCAAUCAAGUUCCAGGCGAGGAGUUUCCAACCAAGAACGAGGACUUGGCAGGCUUCUGGGAUAUGGUGAUGCUGCAGGUGGUGCAAGUAAACGAGCUCUUCGAACAGAUCGACAAGUUACGAAGUUCCCAAUGGCAAGAGACUGUGCCGGAGAAGAAAUCGGCAGCCGGCGUGGCUCAGAAUGGCAGCACGCCCAAGCGUCGCGUUACGCCCAUCCACAAACCAAAAUCCACGGCCAACAGCGAGGCGAACAAAAAGGCGAGAGAGGCGAGAGAGCAGGCUCGAAGGCAGCUGAUCGAGGAACGAAGGCGCGCGAUGCGCUCCAACGCGCAAAAUUCCGAGGAUACCGUCAAGAUCUUUGCCCCCGACACGUAACGAUAAAAAAAGGGCCUGUGCUCUGCCUCGAGCCAGAUCAAAAUUGCGGUAUUUUCUAUGGAUUGUCUCUUGUACGCUUGAUGAUUUCGAGGCGCGUUGGCCCGCAAUUCUCGAUGCUUUUUCGACAAAAAAAAAAAGAAGUAAACAAAAAAAGAACGUUGAUUCCCGUCGCACGCUCAGCGAUAUUUACCGAAUCGACGGUGUUGUAAUUUCCGAUGAAUAGUAUUAUGAAACGACAUACGCGUUGUGUGCAGCACGCCCACAGUUAGAGGAUUUCGUUGCGUAAAGCGAUGAAAAUUAUGCGUCAGACUGUUCCGUAGAGAGUUGACUUGUAAACAAUUACAGACAUGCUUCGACUACAAUCAAAUACGCUUCGCGUUGUUGGUAGAAUCGAGCAUUUUGCCUACAGCGGAAACACCGCAGUUCGAUCACACACGGUAUACAAUGUGCCCUACUAGAAUCUUUUUUUUUUCAUCUUCUCUGAAUCACAGAUAUAUCAUUCGACAGAAAAUCGCACCUUCGCAAGAAAAAUGACACAACUUGAAAAUUAAUUAUAGAACUAUAUCAUAUACUUGAUCAUAAAAUUGUGUAGGGGAUAAGUUGUGUUAUCAAUAGGAAAAGUACCACAAAUGUUGUUCUAAAUAAUAAACAUUUUGCGAGUUAUGUUACUUUUCUUAGGUGCGAUAUAUUCUUUUCUUCUUUUGCAUCAUGUCACAAACAUCGAUGUGCAUUAAAUCAUACAUCAUUAACCGAAUCGUGAAGCAUUUUUUGCAGCUCCGUGUUUACCGUUCGGAGCCAUUAAAAUUAUGUUUAAAACAUCGUUUCGUGUCGAUGAAAAUAAAGGGACGAGUGUCCUUUUUCUAGUGGGACGCCCUGCAUAUUCGACAGAUAUUAUCGAAUCGACGAAGUUACGAAUUUUUGGAGAUUGACUUUACAUUUUUAAAAUGUUUUGGAACAAUUUCUAUUUUAUUAUACGGUGUUCUCGACCUACACUUACACCUUCGUUCCUCUUCGAUAUUUUCACGCUGUGAUGUUUCGUGCUAAUCUUGUUACGUUUUAAUAUCGAUUUACGCUAUCGUUCGAUUUUCUACGAUGUUUAUCCGGUUCAUUUCGCGGAACGGAAUAGCACAGUAACGUUGAACACUCUUUGACUCUCUGUUUCGUGGUUUCUUUUGUUUAAACUGUCGUGUCACGAGAAGCAUUCUUGCCCGUGAACGACGAGCGAAAGAAGCAUAGGAAAAAUGUUGAACAAUCAAAGAGAAUCGUGGUAGUGAGAAAAAACGGCACAGAGACUGCCUCUUGUCCAUAGGAAUUUUUAUGUAAGAAAGCAGAUGAACAAACGUUACUCGAAUAGGGCUUUCAUGCAUAGAGAUAUUAUAGAUAGAGUAUGGGAGUCAGACCUCCGCCCGUACCAUAGCUAAAAAGAGAAAGAAAACCGUGGUACCCUCUCUGUAUUUGUCUAGGGAACAAGUGCUGAACAUUUAAAUUUCUCCUUGCAAACAUUAACUCUCUAUUCAAUUUAAUUCACUCAGCUUUCAAUUAUUUUCUCGUAAUAUUUUCUCGUUACUAGUAUUAUAUAAUAUAUAAUAAUUAUAUUAUAUUAUAUUAUUAUAUAUAUUAUAUAUAUUCACAUAUAAUUAUUUUAUAUAUUAUAUAAUAUAUAAAUUGUAUGAAUGAGUAAUGUAACAGCCGUAUCCGUUUUUUAAAUUCGUAAUAUACAGAGCCAACUCAACAACUCAUGCUUUAGUAAAGAGAGAUAGUUAGGGUACCGUGGUCUCCCUUCUUUUUCUAGUAGUGGGACAAUCUCACUUACAGGUCGGCCUAUGCCUCUUUAACUCUGUUUAUAACAUCGAUAUGCUUUCAGAUCAUAUAUCGCGUUGUUGUCGACCUUCGUUUAUAUUUGUACGACGGCGAAUCGCAUUGGAAAACGGUCGACGAUCGCUGGUGAAUCGUUAGCGAUAAUGCCUGGAUCAAGGAUCCGAAGACAAAGACAGGUUUUGCGAGCAAUCUGCUUAGAACAACAUCGGAAUCUGUUACGUCAUUGAUCGAUCGUUUCCUUGAAUCAGGCGACGCUAUUAUCGCAAAGCCUACAAUAUUAUAUUAGCGAUCGUACUCGCCUAACGUUUUCGGUUGUAACACAUCGACGAACAGUCGUGAUCCUAAAAUGAUUAUAUUUUCUAGAUGCGAGUAGAGGUAUUCCUAUUAUACUCGCCACCAGUACUGUUUCCGUAAUGCGUGACGCUAUUCUUUUAAAUCGAGUACUAUUUUUCGUCGUGUCAACGUUUCCCAUAGAAAAAUUUAGCCCAAAAAUUUAGCAUAAUUACGAAUUGAUUUCGCCAGAGUACAUUUCGCGAAAGGCAAAGUUUUUAAAGUCCUAAUCGUUUGUCUAAGUUGACAUUCCCGUAGAGAGAUGGUCUCGACACGCCCGAUAGUUUAGGUCUCCUCGUUAAUUUUAAGAAGUAUUCGGUAAUUGAGCAGAAGGCGUAAUUAAAGCAGUGGUUCUUAAUCUUUUCGAGCUCACGGCAGAGUUUAAAAGAAGAUAACGGAUCGAAUAUUAUUAUUUUUACUUUUGUAGUCGUUAUUCAAAAUUCCGACGUGAAUAACAAUUUUGUCCAUCUCUGGCGUCGAUGAAUGAGAAUGAAACGAAGAGUCGCGUGGGUUUCCAAGCUUCUAUUUCAAUCACGUUAACAGUAAUUUCGUUCGAACGGGGAAGGGAACGUUUCAUUUCGUUCUCAUUUAUCUGCUCCAUCAAAGAAUUCGGCGACGAUCAAACGACUAGAAUUAUUCGUAGCGUGUCGAUCUGAGAUUUUUCUGUUAUCAUCUCCCGAUAAAAGUAGCUAUCGAUUCUUCUUUUUUUUAUAAUGCAGCGAGCGUGUGCAGCACAAGCUUGUGCCGCGAGCGACUGUAUAUAAGCGUGAGAGAGAAUAACGAAUGCGACUGGAGGAAAACGAGCGACUGGAAGCUAGCAAUUCGCGUAAUCUACCGAAAUCAGAUGUAUGCGCAUAACAGCCUCCAGCAUCGAGUCCUUAGAUUCCUUUCAUCCUGUUUCCCUCUUCGUCUGAGUUUUGCCCCCUCUCUCGAUGUAUUUUACGUGUAUAUUCCGUAUUUAGGGCCUCGCCUCGAUCCACGUAGUAAUUUAUAUUCAGAACAGUUUCCCCGUCGCUUUUUUCUUAGUGACCCCGUGCGUCGCCGAACUUUUUAACGGACCGAUCCAAAGUGUACGAGGAGAAUCGCCAUGACCACACGAUUACCGGUUUUAUGCUUAUUUUUUAACGUUCGUCUCCUUCGCUUCUUUACAGCGAAAGUCUUCGCCCCAUUUACGCGGGAAUCAGCUCUCCGGAAACGACAGGAAUCGCAAAUUUCUUUACUUAUCGUUCGAGAACGGCUCGAGGGUCCGAACAAACGCGUCCGAUCGUCGGACGUUCUCCAUUUUUUUACGCGGAUGAACAAUUAUGAUUAUUUAUUUAUUAGGUACUAUUAAGCUGUCGAUACACUUGUUCUCAAUGAAUUAAUACAAACGAAAAUAAAGAACA